GUGCUGCGGUGUCUACCACUGACGUUCCAACUUUCUCUUCGUCUCUAGCAACGUUUUCUUCUCCUUUCUCGUCACUUGUGCUAACUGUGUCUUCCCCCGUAUCUGGAUCCUCGCUUCCAUCGCCAUUUUCUCUGACCAAAUCUCCUUCCCCUUCUUGCAGCGCUCCUCUCUCUUCCGUCUCCAUGCUUUCUUAUUUGAAAUAGAGCGCACCAUUGUUUGUUACCACGGUAACCGAUCUAAUUAAACGCCAACUUAGGGUGAAAAAUUGAAACUCGUUACGGUCGAGUCGUCCUUUAGUUCGUGCUGUUUUAUUCUCAGCACACGUAACUGCUCACCAGCACCACUUUUUUUCUGUAAACUCUACGCUCGUUCCUUUCUGGAGAUCUAGUGGAGGAAAGAUGGCAUCGCCGAACCGCCGUUUCUCCAUGCAAGACGUCCGCCUACCGCCCAACUUGUUGAAGGAAAUUGACAUUGAGCGAAUGGGCAGUCUGAGCGAGGACGAGGGCGCGUUCAUGGAGUUUCUGGACAGCCUGGACCUGGAGGACUUGAAGAAAGCCCAGAGCAAGAGACAAGAGCUCUCGGACCAGAUACUGCAGACUGCUGUGAUAAACUGUGACAAGGAGCCGGCAUUUGAGGAGAAGAAGACACGGCUGAGACUGAAGGUCCUGGAGCUGAACGACCUCAAGAACGACCACAGCAAGAGAUUUGAGGAGCUUAAAACACUGACAAGCAAGGGAGACUAUAACUCAGUCUUGAAAGAGCUACAAAAGUGCCUGAAACAGACAGAAAAGCAGUCAGAAGAGUUGGCAGACAGUUAUGUCUCUGGCUCUUCGGACAUAUCCGCCGAUGAUUUCGUGGCACAGUACCAGGAGAAACGAACCCUCUACUGGCUGAGGAAGGUGCAGGCAGAGAAAAUGGAGGAGCUAUUGAAGAACAUGCGUCCGGUACCCGCCCCUCGGCGAUCUUCCAACAACAGGCCGUCUAUCCCCGCGCCCUACGUUUCACCCAUGCCUCGUCCCUCCACCUCGCUCCCCGUGUCCACCCCUCACCAUCCUCCCUACCUGCACGGACCCGCCCCCCCUCCCGGUGUGUAUUCCCAGAUGCAGAACCCGGCCCAAUCCAUACAACCCUAUCACCAAGCACAGCGAAUGCCCAUCCCACAACCUGGGGUACCUCCCCACGGUCACCCCUUUAAUCCUGCAGCACCGUUUGCCAGAUACCCUGUCCCUUUGCAGCGCCCCGUCACACCGUACGGUAGUUACUACGCAAACCGUUACUAA